CUCUCUCUCUCUCUAAAUUUCUCUAAAAGAAAAGAAGAAACGAUGGUCGAAGACCAGGUGGAGCCCUCGAUCGCCGCCGCCUCGUCUCCUCCCUCCUCCGGCGCGCCCACCCCCACUGCCGCCGGAGGCUCCCUUCAGUUGCUCCUCCGCCCUCGACGCGAGCCCUUCGAGCACGGCCUCCUUCCUAUCCCCAAGCUCAUUUUCUCAGACGGCACCCUAACCCUAGCGGCUCUUGCCGACAAGCUUCUCCGCAGAUCCAUCCCCUCUCCACACCGCGUCGACGCCACCAGCCUCGCUGAUGCGCUACAGAUCUCGCUCGACUACGCUCGCCUUGCCCUCGACACCCUUGCCUCCGUCCUACCUUCCGAACCUGAUCCUGACGGGACUGCCGACGUGCACGUUCUUGUUCUCUUCCUCUGCAUCCAGUCUUACAAGCGGUUGGUCCCCCGUCCGCACAAGGACUCGGCUGCUAUUGCUGAUGUCUGGCCCUCGACAUCAGCCUUCGAUGGCUACCUCUCUGCCCUGUCACCAAUUCAGCUUGUACGCAGUAACAGUCGUCGUUUUAUGCCUUCACAAGCAGAUGAAGAAGCUCAUCAGUUAUCAUACUUACAGAAGCAUAUGGCCAAUAUUGUUACCCUUUUGGCAGAGUCUGUUGAAGGGGAGGGCGAUGAGUCUCUGGUUUUGACAAUGGAAAGAUUUGAACACCUUGGUUUCCUCCUCCAUUUCUCCGAAGGAAUUCCAUUGACCCAAGCAGCUCCUUUUUUUGCUAAUUCAGAUCCAGAUAUGCCUGCUGUUCCUGUUUCUGCUGGCCAAGUCCAUGAUUGGAUUGUUCAAAACAUAGUUGCUUCGUUGGAACAUAAUGCUGAAAAGGUAUUAGCAAAGGAAAACGGAAUGCAGAAUUCUUCAGACUUGGAUGUGCCUAUGGCUGAUGCCUGCUUAAGUCAUACAAGAGUCCAAAGCAGCAGCUUGCCUCUUGGCACCUCUGUGUCUUCUAAUUCAGCGUACUCUACGAGUACAACUUUUGUCGAGGGUGUGUCAAAAUCUUCAGUGGUGAAGCAGCCAUGUGAUAUUAAAGGGCAUUCCAUAAAGGUGUUAAAUUGCCAUGAUUCAGUGAUAUACAUAUUGGCACCCUUGAGAUAUGCGACGAUUUAUGGGUGUUCUGAUGCAACUAUUGUUCUUGGUGCCAUUGGUAAGGCUGUUAGAGUGGAGCAUUGUGAAAGGGUACAGGUUAUUGUAGCUGCAAAGCGCAUUUGCAUUGCAAACUGUAGAGAAUGUGUGUUUUAUUUGGGGGUUAAUCAACAACCUCUUAUUGUUGGAGAUAAUCAUAAAUUACAAGUUGCACCAUUUAAUACCUUUUACUCACAAUUGGAAGAGCACUUAGCUCAAGUCGGUGUUGAUUCAAGUGUCAAUCGAUGGGAUGAACCCUUGGUGCUGGGAAUGGUUGAUCCUCAUGAUUCUUUGUCUCACCCUGCAGGGAUCUCAGAUGUUCAAGCUGAGUCAGCCACAUGUGUUGAUCCUGAUCAAUUUACUAGUUUCUUGAUUCCAAACUGGUUUGGAGCCGACUUACCACAAUCUACAAAAGAUAACCCAUUUCCACUGCCUGAAAUAUAUGGAGCAUCCCAGCAGAAGAAGAAGUCAAAUUUGAUUGAUAUUCAACAAGCUAUCAGGAAUGUGCAUCUUGAUGAGAACCGGGAGCGAGAAUUAACAUCUGCCCUACAUGUACAUUUUAAAGACUGGUUAUAUGCUUCGGGGAAUAUUCGCCAGCUAUAUUGUCUACAAGCUGAUUGAAAUGUUAAAAUGUUUGAUUGCUGGAGGUAGUCUAUGCCCACUGCAUUCCUUACAAAAUAACAAAAGGUUCUUCCCCUCUCAAAUUAGACCUCACAUGCUUUACAAAUUUUUCGAUAUGUAUUGUAACUGGCAUCCGCUGUGACUGGAGGUCGGCAAACUAGUUCUGCAUCAUGUUGUUGGAUGUACAUUUGGAACUAGGUCCUGUUGUGUGUUGAGGGCUUCAGUUUAUCAUUAUUUUUUCCUUUUUCUUCUUUUCUUUUCCUUCCUAAAACCUUUAGUUACCCCUUUUCUUCAAAGAUCGUGCUGGGCAUGUUGUGGUUGCGGUGCAUGGAGCUGCAGUUAUUGGUUAGCUACUGGUCAAUAAUACUGCUAGUGAAAUUAGAGAUUUCCCUCAUAAUUUUAUCCAAAGGACAUGAAUGUGGGAUCCGAUUGUGAUAUUUUUCA